AUGACCCCAACCAAUUGCUCCCCCACGAUCCUCUCCAUGGAAGUGUCAAGCAAAGAUGACAGCGACUACCGAAUCCUCCUACAAAACAAAAUCCGCUACCUAACAAUCCGUCCCGGGACAUUCAACCGCUCAACCCUAUCCACACCUCUCAGCUCACUACCCAGCCUGCCAGGCGAUCAUACCUGGAACUGCGCACUCAUCAACCGAGACCCAUCCAACCAUCAACUCACCAUCGAACUACAGAACCGAAAUCUUACCGGCAUAACAGACAUCUGGCAUCCGUUGCAGAUUGACUGUCUUCAGCUAAGAAGGACAAGACAGCUAACAGCUACUGCAUUCGAAGCAACCUACUGCGGCAGCAAGCUACCAAGCACUACUACGUUGGAGAAGAACACAACAGUCAUUGUCAAAAUCGCCCGAUUCGAGUGGGAAAUACCCCGUCUAUCCCAAGAGACUUCCAUAUAUAAACAAAACAGUUACAGGACAUCUCUGAUCUUGCUCCGCGCUUUCUGGGCCAUGUGCACGAGCAUGGACGUGUCAUUGGGUUCAUACUUGAAAAGAUUGAGGGGCGGGAAGCGGGGAUUGAGGAUCUUGUCGGGUGUCAAGCUGCGUUGA